ACAUGACCUACGCAUUCAGUCUGGAGGAUUGAGGUGUGUUGUGACUGCGCUGGAAGCUCCGAAGAUCUCACAGAGUGCUGAGUUGAACAAAUCUGGUCCGUUAGAAGCACCUGGUUUCCCUGUUUAAUCAUGUUCCCCAUCGUACUUAUUAUGUCGAUAUUAUGUCAAGGUCACGCUGUUGACUACGGUGUGGAAUUUGUCACAGCAUUUCCAGAGAACCUUGCUUACUACUUUCCAGCAGAGCUCUACCACACACUGAAAAUCACUACAUUCCUCCCUGACACUACUAUUCAGAUCUUCAUGAGUGGUACAUCUGUCAACCAAAGUUUCAUCAGCAUCCCACAGGUGUUCACUGUGAAUGUUUCUGGUGCAGAAGUCAAUCAAUUUGAUGUCUCUACGAAGUCAAUCAGAAUUGUUAGCAACAAGAAUAUCACUGUGCUUUCCAUCAACAAGAGAGGAGACAGCAUACAGGCCAAUGUUGUUCUACCUACAACACAUCUGGGAGUGGAAUAUCUAGUCCCUUCCCAUAAUUACACCGAGUUGGCUGUCCAGCUGAACACCUAUAAUUACUCUGUGGUCACUGACUCGUCCAUUGUGCCGAUGGAUUUCAGUUACAGACUCCUCAUUAUUAAUGCAGAAAAUGUGAGCAACAGCGUCACGGUGACCAAAAAAACACCUGAGAAGGAGGAAAGUACUGAGAUCGCACUAGGCCCUUUUGAGCUGACGCAGCUGCCAAGCGACGCCUUCUGGUUUAAAGUUUCAUCAACUGCAAAAGUUGCCGUGAUCUUGACCAAUCCGUGUAUCGACACUGAGAAUUGCAGGUGUAACUUGGUUGCACACCAACUUCGACCAACCACCUUUCUAGGAACUGAAUUCAUCUUCCCUCCUUUCGAUGACCCUGUCAAUCGCCUAGUUGUAACCUCAGCCGACAGUGUUGACCUCAGCUGUGGCUCUGAGAGCAAGACUGUUGCACCUGGUUCCAUCGGAUUACUUCCCUAUUUACCAGCUCUAGACACUGGAAGCCCAAGCUUCACAACAUCGGUGCCAGCAUCGGUCAGAGUAAUCCACCCUGGCAUCAUAAUUGAUCUCCUCCCGAAAACCUUGUUUUCUAGCUGCUACUUGGUACACACCAACAUACAGACCAGAGCUUUUGUUAUACUCAUCGUUGAAACAGCGACAAAAGACGACACCCACAUGGGCAUUAAGCCUCUCAGCGCUGUAACCUCUGUAAAUUGGAAUGAUGUGGGGGAUACAGGAUACUCAUGGGCUUCAGUAAAACUGGAUUCCUGUCGGUCAUGCAUCUUUUGGCAUCCUACCUCGAAAAUUGCGGUGUAUGUCUUUGAGUAUUCAGAAUUAUUGGUGUUGUAUGGAGGUCCAGCAAUUUCUAUAAACAAUGAGCCAGACCCCAACGGUUGUGUUGUGGUUCCGACGGAAUAUGUACUUUCUAACGUCACAUCCAGUUGGCAGGCAUCUCGGGCUUACUGCAUCAGUAAAGGCUUGAUUCUGGCCAGUCCCAACAUGAACUUUACACAACAAAAAAUGGUAGCUACACUCAACAGUAUGAAUGCGGAAGGUGCUGCAUGGCUUGGCCUGCGACGCAGCCUUGUCACCUCUGAGUGGUACUGGCAUAAGGAUGUCCACUUCAGCUUUGCCAACUGGGAGACCAACCAACCUACGAGCAGCCUGUGUGUUUCCAUGAGGAUGGAACCAAAAGGGAAUUUCACAUGGAGCAGUAUGCGCUGCUGCUCAUCCUUGCUUCCCCUGUGUGCUCGAGACAUGGUAACCUUGGGCAACAUGAACGAUUUGAGUGUUUAUCCAUUUGGGGCAAGCACCUCCGUUAGCCCAGGCUCAACCACCAGCCUUUCAGCCAUCUAAUCAUCAAUUGCAGCUGAAUUGUCAUGCUUAAUUAUUCAUUUUUUAAUACGCCCUACAAAAUUUAAUCGACUCAAUCUGUGAAUCUAAUAACCUCCAACAUCUGCUUUCAUUUGCUUUAAAAUUUGGGGCUAUGAACCUGAGCAGCGUGUGUGCUAAUAAUGAUGACACGGCAGUCCAUUUGCUGGUAGUUGUCUUAUUAGCAUAGUGCAUUGCUAUUUUAACUUCUACCAUAAUAACUACCAUAGCAGCUGAUGCUAACACAGCAUUAGCCAUUUCCAAUCUAGACAGAUUCAGUGUGUGCGUGGUUAGCCAUGUUUUCGUUUAUAUGUUCAAUUAAAAUGUUAAAAAACUGGUCAAUGGACAAAGUGAUGAAAUCAGCUGCCAAUGCAUUUGACGGUCUCCUUUAAGACAAUACAACUUUCAGUUACAGCUACAUUUCUCAAU